AUGAUGGCAAGGAGAGGAGGGAAAACUAAAGUGUCUGGAUCAAGGAACAAAACACCAAAGAAAUCACCUAAUGGUAAGAAACAUAAGAGUAACGCAAAGGAGGAUGUGUCCCUAACAUGUGAUGAGGAUUUUGUUCAUCUUUUUACCCAUGCACCUAAUGGUAAGCAAGGUAUGAGUCAACCAACAGAGGAUGUUCAGGAACAAGAACAUGAUGACAAUGAGGUGAAGGUGAGUGAAAGACUUACUUUACAGGAGUUGCUGAUCUCUGGAUAUAGACAUGCUGAAGCAGUGGCUGCUAUGAAAGAGGUUUAUGGAGAGGUUGAGGAACAACAGAUUGAAGAAAAAGAGGCUAAGGAAGGACUUGAAGAUAGAGAGGUUGAAGAAGAAGAAGUUGAAGGCAUACAGGUUGAGUAA